AUGGCUGAUGUCGACAUGACCGACGCACCCGGCACCGCGAUUGCCAAGAAAACUGCUGAUGGAGAGACCAAGGUCGCUGAAGGCAAGAAGCGCUUCGAGGUCAAGAAGUGGAACGCAGUUGCCCUUUGGGCGUGGGAUAUCGUUGUUGACAACUGCGCCAUCUGCAGAAAUCAUAUCAUGGAUCUCUGCAUCGAGUGCCAGGCAAACCAGGCCUCCGCCACCAGCGAAGAGUGUACAGUCGCUUGGGGCAUCUGUAACCACGCAUUCCAUUUCCAUUGCAUCUCGCGUUGGCUCAAAGCUCGGCAAGUAUGUCCGCUGGACAACCGCGACUGGGAGUUCCAGAAAUACGGCCGCUGA